AUGCCUUCCAAUCCUCCUAGCGACAACGGCAAGCAAUCAUCCAAGGACACACCCCCUCCAUCCUACGACUUCGGCAAACUGUCCGUCCAAGACCGCCGACCACAAGCCGAGCCCACCCAAUCCGCCAUGCAAGCCUACGCCGAAUCGUACGCCCAGCGUAAGCAGGACGGCCAGCUCACGCACAUCUACCCAGAGGAUCGCGAAUCUGGCCCAUCUUCUGGUUCGCCGCAGACGCCGCCACGACCGAGCAUGACUCCUCCGCCACGCCGCGGACCGCCGCCUUCGUUCUACAUGCAUGCUAAUGCUGGGAUUGGGGAGGGCGAGUCGUUGCCCGUGCCGCCAGGGCCGUAUAUCCCGCCUGUUUAUACGACUCAGUCGAAUGCUCCAAUGCCUGGGGAUGAUAGAAAUUCGCGGUCUGCGUCUGAGGAUGGACGUGCAGACCGUGAGCAGAGCCGUCGUGCACCGCCGCCGCAUACGCAGAGCAGGUUUGAGGGUCAGGGGCGUGGUGGGCCGACGCCGGGAUCUUCGUCUCGCGGCGGGCGGAGGUAG